AUGUUCUUUGCGUCCCUCCUCACUCUCCUCGUCGCAUCCACCGCUCUGGCGUCCCCUCUCGAGAGUCGCCAGGCUAACACCACCAACACCAACGCUGGCAUCAACCAAGCUGUUGAUGCUCUCGACCAGAGCAUCCACAUCAACAUUCCCAACAUCAUAACCCUCCAAGCCUCGCACCAAGCCAACGAUAGCACCAUCGGGGAACAGAUCGACGACCUCACCACCGUCUUCAGGGUUGCAGCGCAGGACCUGAGCAACAUCCCCGUCAGUGCGGGCUCUACCACCGUCAGCCCUACGAACGAUGACAUCAGUAUCACUUUCGCGACCAUUCUGUCACUCGUCGCGUCGGGCUUGUCGGGCCUGACAGCUGAGGUAGUGCCGGCCAUGCUGUCAAUGUUCCAGGACCUCGAUCCUCAGGUCGCUGCAGCCACUACGGCAUUGAAUACGACACUCCCAAACUCAGUUAAACUUGUUCAUACCAUGAUGCUGGAUGCACGACAGUUCUUCAUCGCAGAAGGUUUCAACCUGACGAUAGCCGCUCUUGGGUUCUAA